AUGAAUCGCAAAGCAGCACCCUCAUACGUUCCACUCGAUGACGACGACGACGAUUAUUCACAGCGGCAUCAGCAGUAUGAGCUACCUUCCAACGUCUCGAGCGAUACUCAACGGUAUACCUUCAAUGAUACUGGAAUAGCCGCUUCUCCGGCCGAAUAUCCCUUGGAAUACGCCCAGAACUACCAGCCCACGGCCAUUGCACCGGCCUUGCGCUAUUCUAGGAGUUCACCAUCACGCCGACCAUCACUUCCACCCGUUCCAGAGGCAACUGAGGAGAAUAGCAGCGGAGGCGACAGAGCAUCUACUAGGGGCAGCGUGUCUUCAGGAUCCACGUACGUUGGGCCCCUGGACGGCGAGCUAAAGGAGAAAGACUAUAUCCAUAUCGUCCCCGGGACGGGAAGUGACUAUGGUGCGCUCCCAACCAUCAAGUCCGGCGAGCCUCUUGAGUGGGACAACGCACAGUUCUCCGGAGAGCGCGACCCCUUCUCCGACUACUCAAACUAUAGAGCCAUCGCUCCUCAGCACACAUCACACACAGCCUACUACUCAGCAGACGGGGACCCUAUACAAGACUACGUUCAGGAAUCAACUCAGUGGCAGCCCCCCUCCCGGCCCGCGUCAGCUUAUAGCUCUGCUGCCACAUCCGUCCAUGCUGCGCACCCCGACUAUCCAUUUCAGCAGCAGUCCGACCUGGAGACAAGCUACACAGGAUCUCAGAGCGCACUCGACCAUUUUCGGCAUGAUGCUGAGGCUUAUGCCUCAGGAACGCACUCGCGUGCGUCCUAUCGUCCGCCGCGUUCUCGGUCUCCCACACCCGCAGUGGACGACGAAGACUACCACAUCGUCGGCAAUGAUAGUGUGCACUACACCGGCUACUCGCCACAGCGACACACGCGCUCGCAGACGUACGACGAGGAGCAAGACGUAGGCCAUCAGCGCGCAUACCAAUAUGAGGGCGGCACAUUCUAUGACGAGAAACCAUGGCGUGCCACCAUUGCUCCUCCAGCUGACCCGGAGAAAACAUCGUUGUCGACGACAGGGACGCCCUACACCGAACCCGAGACCCCUACCGACACACGUCACUUCGGGCCUGUGCCCGCAGGGCGCAUGGUGCGUCGUCGAAAGACGAAGAAACGGGUGCAACUCACGAACGGAAAUCUGGUGAUGCAAUUGGAUGUCCCACCGAAACUCAUCAUGCCAUGGAAGGUCGAGCCGGAGAUGAAGCAGGCGCGCUAUACAGCGGUGACGUGCGACCCUGACAACUUCGAGAAGAACGGUUAUUUCUUGAGACAGAACGAACUGGGUAGGACGACCGAGUUGUUUAUCGUCAUUACGAUGUAUAACGAAGACGAGGUUCUCUUUUGCAGGACUUUGUAUGGCGUGAUGCAAAACAUCUCGCAUCUCUGUUCCAGGAAGAACUCCCGCACAUGGGGCCCCGACGCCUGGAAGAAGGUCGUUGUCUGCAUUGUCGCCGACGGAAGGUCCAAGGUGCACCCUCGAGUUCUAGACUGCUUGACGCUACUCGGCGUGUAUCAGCCGGGUGCCUACAUGCAGAAAGAAGUCAAUCACGUACCGACGACGGCGCACUUGUUCGAAUACACAACUUCCUUCGGGCUCGACGCGGAUCUUCACUUCAAGUACCCUGACAAGGGUGUGGUGCCCACGCAAAUUAUUUUCUGCAUGAAGGCCAAGAACCAGAAGAAAAUAAACAGUCACCGGUGGUUUUUCAAUGCGUUUGGGUCCUUACUGCAGCCCAAUGUUUGUGUACUCUUAGACGUCGGGACGCGACCGGGACCAAAGAGCAUAUACCACCUAUGGAAAGCAUUCGACUUGAACUCCAAUGUUGCUGGAGCAUGUGGCGAGAUCGCUGCCUACAAGGGAAAGCGCUGGUCAGCAUUGAUCAACCCUCUAGUCGCGGCACAGAACUUCGAGUACAAGAUCGCCAACAUUUUGGAUAAACCGACUGAGUCUCUGUUCGGCUACAUUAGCGUACUGCCUGGCGCAUUUUCUGCUUACCGUUACAUCGCAUUGCAGAACGACAGGUCUGGUCGGGGACCACUUGCGUCGUAUUUCAAGGGAGAAGUUCUCCAUGGGCGAGACACCGACAUUUUCACGUCAAACAUGUACCUCGCUGAAGAUCGUAUUCUAUGCUUCGAGCUCGUUGCAAAGGCAAAUUCGAGCUGGAUCCUCAAAUACGUCAAAAGCGCUAUCGCAGAGACUGAUGUGCCGGAUGCACUUCCAGAGUUCAUCAGCCAGCGACGCAGAUGGCUCAAUGGCUCGUUCUUCGCAGCGACGUACGCUAUCGCGCAUCUUGGCCAGAUCUUGCGUUCGGGCCACAGUGUUUGGAGGAAGGUCGUUCUGGUUAUGGAGACGAUAUAUAACGUCAUCAACCUCAUUGCCGCUUGGUUCGCGAUUGGCAACUUCUAUUUGUUCUUCAUUAUUUUGACUUCGUCACUUGAAGCCCCGGCAUUCGGUAUGGAAGGCAUCAAGUACUGGAACGCGGUCGUUCAGUUCGUGAUGGGUGCGAUUGUCGUGGCCGCGUUCCUGUUCUCUAUGGGCAACAAGCCGAAAGCGUCCAAAUGGAAGUACCAAACGACGGCCAUCUUGCUGGCAUUGAUGAUGGUCUACUUGCUGUUCUGUGCCAUCACGUGUGCUGUUAAGGCUGCAAACGGUGGUGGCGUUGCCUACCAGACGAUGAUAUUCAGUGUUAUUAUCACCUACGGAGUGUAUUUUCUGUCGAGCUUGUUCGCGAUGGACCCGUGGCACCUCUUCACGAGUUUCAUCCCCUACUUGCUGCUGUCUCCUACGUACAUCAACCUGCUCAACAUCUAUGCGUUCUCCAACCUAGAUGACAUCUCCUGGGGCACCAAGCAAGACGCAGAAGUAGAGUCCGACCUCGGCGCGGUCAUCCAGAACAGCAACUCGCAGGUGGACAUUGAGGUUGUCGACGCUGCGGCGGUGGACGACAUCUACAAGGAGGCGCUGGAGAACAUCAAGUACAAACGGCCGAGCACGAAGCCGAACGCGGGGAGCAGCCUCGCGGAGCAGGAGCAGACCGCGAAGGACUACUAUGCGAACGUCAGGACAAAUGUGCUCCUGACUUGGGUGCUGUCGAAUGCCGUCUUGUUGUUGGCCAUCCUUGGGGGUGGCGACCCAGUCAACACGUUCACGGGCGACAACUCCCUCACCCGGACGAAGGCCUACAUGACCUUCAUCCUCGCAUUCGUCGCUAUAACCACCAUCGUCCGAUUCGCGGGGUCGACGAUGUACCUCAUCGCGCGGGUCUUCACGGGCUGA